AUGUUUGCCUCACUUUCCAGGUUUAGAAGGUUCUUGAGGUCUCAACAACUUGUUAAGUGGUCGUUUUCGCUUAGUCCACGCAGUCUCGCAAAUGUCGCAUCGUCUCAAAGCGAACGAAAGACUGUUAUUGACACGAAGCUCGAUAACCACUCGUUAUCUAUUCAGUGGGAGGACGGUAAUGCACGAUUUCACUACCUGUGGCUCCGCCAUCAUUGCCAAUGCAACAGCUGUGUGAACCCAAAGACCAAGCAACGAACCGUAGAUUUGACACUUAUUCCAAAGCAAAUGAAUCCUCACGAUGUCCAUGUUGAUUCUAAGUUGUUGAAGAUCAUUUGGAUGGAUGGACACCAGACCAUCUUUGAUGUUUCUUGGUUGAAAGAAAAUGCAUACGAUGGCGGAGGUCUUCUUUGCGAAAACCAACCAGAAACGAGAUUUGGUAGCAUUUCUCAUGAAUCAGACAUGACAUUAUGGGACCGAGAUGCAAUUGCUGGAAAACCUCCAAAAGAAUUCCUUUAUCGUGAUAUCAUUGCAAAUAAUAAGGAAGUUUUGCAAGAGUCAUUGAAUGACCUUUUUCGCUUUGGCUUCAUAUUUGUGAACGACACACCUACAGAUGAAGAAUCAACAUUGAAGAUUUGUCAAAGGAUUGUGGGUCCUAUUCGAGAAACACCUGAAGGCAGAGUGUAUGUAAUAGAAAACAAGGCGUUAAAAGACUCAGACCUCUCUCACUUCUCCAAUGCUUUACAAGGUCAUACUGAUUUCAGCUUCUAUAACGACCCCCCUGGAGUACAAGCUAUGCACUGUCUCCACCAUUACGGAACAGGAGGGAUGAGCUUGCUGGUUGACGGGUUCAAGGCAGCUAAAACUCUCUACCAAGAAAAUCCUGCGGCGUUUCAAAUCUUAUCAAGUUUUCCCUUGCGUUUUCUGAGCAGUCAUUUCUUCAUGCAAUCCCAAGGUACAAUUCUGGAGCUCGACCCUUUUACAAGAGCCCUCACAAGGGUUCGUUGGAACACUUCACGGUUUGGUCCACUUACAAAGUUGAACCUGAGUUUUGAAGAGAUGGAAAAGUUGUACCAAGCAAUACGAUUGUAUGGCUCCAUUGUUCGCAGAGAGGAAAACGAACUCUGGUUCAAGCUUACACCUGGAAAGGUUCUCUUAGUUGAUAAUCGGCGGGUUUUACAUGGAAGAUCAGCCGUUCAAGGGCCAAGGAAGCUCAUAGGAUACUAUGUGAGCAUGGAUGACUACAUCGGGAAAUGGAAGGAAAAUAGAAUGAAAACAUAA